AUGAUGCGUCCCAUCACAUACUUCCCGAUCACCACGGAAAUUCUCGCGGAGAACGACGCGAGCUUCACCGUGCCGGAUGUCCCGACCAACGCGCCGCAUCUUUCCGGCAUCGACAUCGGCGUGCGACGCAGCGACUGGUCUCGCGGCAACUCGGCGAGCGUGGAUCGGCGGUACAGCGAGGUGGUCGAUCUGCGAGAGCUUCUCACGUACCAGUUCCCCACACUCAUCAUGUCGCCGCUGCCGCGUAAAAGCAGCGUCAGCGACAUUGAAACCUACUUCAGCGCCUCGGACGCCUUCGCGGCGCAGCGCCAUAACCUCCAGUUUUUCCUCAACGAAAUUGCGUGCAUGCCGGAGGUUAUCUUCUUCUCCGAAUGGGUAGCACCGUUCUUCCUGGACCCGCGUGACACCUUCGAGACCGGCACGCUGUUGCGCAUGCGCGCCGCCCUGCGCGACCUCCGCCUCGCCACACACCCCUUCCGGGAGUGCAGCAAGCGGCACCGAAGCUUCACCGAGUACACCGCAAACAAGAUUGCGGCCAAGUCCAGCAGCCUUGUGCGGUCCGUGGCCGGCUUCUUCUUCAGUUCCAAGAACGACGACACUGCGAACGACGGUCGCGGCGGCGAUGGGCACCCCAAUGGCGGCGGCAGCGUGCCGGUGCCAACGUCGUCGUCGUCGUUCACGUACGACUGGACGUACCUGCCACCCUCGGCCAAGUCAGAUGCCUGUGCGUGGGUGCGGGUGUGCGAGCAACUUGCCCGUCGCCAGCAGGCACUGAAGGCGUCAGCGCGUUCGUUUGAAAAGUAUCUGGCUGCCUUGGCGCACAUGAAGGACGCGCAGCUGAAGGUGGCACAGUCCUUCGAGAACUACGAGCACACGCUUCGGUCCAGCCCUGUGCUUGACGCUCUUGGCGGCGAGUACCACCUCGCAGUCAGCAUGAUCGACGCCGUUACGCAGAAGGAGCGGGAGUACAUUGAGCGCAAGUAUCUGAACAUGUGCCUGCGGCUGGGGUUCGAGGCGAACUUAAUCGAUGCGGUAUUAGACGCGGUGGAUGUGGUGCUGGGUCAGUACCAGUUUCUCUCCAGCCCCCAGCUCAUGAAUACGCGUGACCGCACACAUGAGGAGGCGCUGCUGUACACCCAAGCUGUGAGCCGGGCACUGCUCGCGGACUACCGUGACCGGUACAAGUUCUUCUACGAAAAGCGUAUGCGCAACUUGGUGCGGGAGCAGGUGGCCCGACCCGCUAUCGAAUGCGCCGCUGCUGUGCAGCAGGUCAUGAAGGGCUCUGAGUUGCUGCGCGUGGUGCAAGACGCCCUUUUCACGGAAGUGAAUCCCACCGCAAGCUCACCGGCAGCCGCUGCUGCGUAG